AAUACUGCAUGCCCAAAACAAGUGAAUGCGCAAACCUCCCCCCGCCCAGCCCCAGAGCUCUUUGAAGGAGAACAAGGUGAAAGUCCCCAGCAGCUGCUUUCCUCCAUAAUCCUGACACCUGAGAUCAAGAAUGACUCAGUCCAGCCUCUGCUGGAAGCGUUCCCAUUUUUGAUCCAUUUUUCUCAAUGGCAUUUUUUCACAGGAUGCCCAAGAAAAAGCUCUGCUGAAUCGAUCUCCAUGUUAAACCUGCCCCCAUUUGAGUUGGCUUGUCAGACACAAAGGCUCUCAAAGGACAGGGAAACGGAUGCUGACUCCAACGCAGCAGCUCCUUUUGCUUUCCACAAGGGAGAUGAUGAUUUAAUUCCGGUACCAGGAAGCCCCUUCCUCCAAAGUCAGAUCGUUCAUCUACUAGCCUGACACUUCCUGUUCAGCAGGUUUCUCUGAGAUGAGCUGACGUGGAGUCCUGUCUCCACCCUGUUCCUCUCCUCUGCAGCCUCAGUCCUGCUCUUUCUGGGCUCCCCCAUUUCAUCUCUGCAAAUAUGCUCAGGAAAAGGGCCCAGGACCCCAACGUCAGCUCCCUGAUCACCCCCAACAGUUGCCCUUCACUGCCUUCUGCACUGUAGGAGGCUGGCAGGCACAGCCCAGCUCCUCCCUCAUGGCCAUUGGCUGCUGCUAGACCGGCCCCUUCCUCCCCAGCCAGAGCUUUCAAGAUCUCUUUGAAGGGGCCCAAUUCUCCCACAGAACUCACCAGGGCUUCAACAUGGCCACCAUCAAUGAUCAGGCAGUUUUGCAAACUAUUUUCCACCCAAAUGUUCCCUUUGAUGAAGAUUGGCAGGAGGAGCAGGAGAAGCAACAACUAAUCCAAGAUUCUUCAAUCUAUUUCUCACAAAUCAUUUUCAAGUCAGACACCUGAAAGGGAUGGUGGGCUGGAGAGAUUUUGCCCAUCGCUCUCCAAAACUCGGAUUGGGAGAAGAAGGCGACUUUGAUCCUGAGCUGCUGAGGCAAACCACUUACCUGGAGGCCCAGGGAAUUGCAGCAGCUGAAGAAGGCGACCUGGAGCUAGCCCUGGAAAAGUUUAACCAAGCCAUCCAGCUGCUUCCAGAGCGAGCCUCAGCCUUCAACAACCGUGCACAAGCUCUUCGGCUCCAAGGGGAUGUCGCAAAGGCGCUGGAAGACUUGGAGGCAGCACUGAAGCUCAGCAAAGGGGCCGGCCCGGUGGCCCGCCAAGGCUUUGUCCAACGCGGGCUGAUCCAGCGGUUGCAAGACCAGGAGGAAGCGGCCCGGCGAAGCUUUGAACAGGGGGCCGCCCUGGGCAGCGUCUUUGCCCGCCGGCAGCUGGCACUGAUGAACCCUUACGCAGCCCUCUGCAACCAGAUGUUGCUGGAACUAAUGAGGAAGGGGGGAGAAGGAGACCUGCUGAGCCUGGCUGCGACGGGGAGGGAAGGGGGGGGCGAUGGGGCAGCUGAAUAAAGCCCACGGCUUGAGACUACCA